CUUUCUCUCUCUAAAUCUUUCAAAUUUUUUCUUAAAUCCGAAUUGUUUGAUCGAAGAAGAAGGAGGAGAUUGAAUGGGGAAGAAGAGGAGUUCACCGGUGAAUCAGAUGUUUGCAUGGAUUCGGAGACAAUCGAUGAAGGUGAAAAUCUUUUUAGCUGUUACAUUCUCUAUCUGUUUGCUGGUUGUUUUGAAGAUGCUGGUUACAACGCACACUCAUUUCUUCAUUGCAUCCGAAACGGCUCAUGUUCUUGGUAUCGUUGUCUUGAUUUAUAAGCUAAUCACAAAGAAGACUUGUUCCGGGCUAUCUUUGAAAACACAAGAGCUUACAGCAUUAUUUCUUGCUGUAAGGCUUUAUUGUAGCUUCACGAUGGAAGGAAAUAUACACACGGUUCUUGACUGUUCAACUUUUAUCUUAACUGUUUGGGUUAUAUGCAUGAUGAGGUUUAAGCUGAAGGCAUCAUACACGGCAGAGCUAGACAGUACACCUAUCUUAUACAUAAUAAUUCCUUCAGUAAUUCUUUCUGCGCUUAUUCACCCGUAUACACACCAUUCGCGAUUUAACAGAAUUCUUUGGGCUUUUUCUGUGUAUAUUGAAACAGUGUCGGUUGUCCCUCAACUUAGACUAAUGCAGAAUGCAAAGAUGAUUGAGCCAUUCACUGGUCAUUAUGUAUUUGCAUUGGGAGUUUCAAGGUUUAUGGCUCUCGCCCAUUGGAUCAUUCAGGUGUAUGAAACAAAGGGAGUAUACUUCUAUCUGGUAGGAAGUGGCUAUUUCUGGGUUCCAACAGUUUUUGUGGCAGAACUAGUUCAAUCGUUCAUAUUGGCCGACUUUUGUUACUAUUAUGUCAAGAGUGUCAUCAAUGGACAGCUUUUGUUAUCCAUUCCUCCAGUCUAGUAGGAUUUGCUGAACUUGGAAGUGCAAAUAGUGUAACCAUUUAGAAAAUGUGUUAUCUUUGGCAUUGUCAAUUUUCAAUUAUACAAGAGAGUACAGUUGUUUUUUUCUUCUUCUGAACUAUAGUUCUUCCUUUUGAUCUAGAUACAACUGGGAUGGUCAUAGUUUGCAGGUGUAUGAGUUAUAUGAAUGCAAGUUUAUUUAUUUGCAAUUUUAGACA